GAUCGAACUUGGUUUGGUUUGUGGUUGACUUGGUCGCAUUAUGUAAUGUGAAUGUCUUUCUCUCCUACAGUCUUGGUCCUAAUCUUAUAAAUAUUCGUUGCCUCUUUCCAAACACCUUCUAUCCAUUCUCCACUCACUCUAUGUAUUCACCUUCACAACUUCUCUUCUGAAUCUGCAUCUUCUUUCUAUCUACCAACAUUUUCUCCAGAGCAUAAGACUCUUCUGAAACUUUUCGAUUCCCAAGUGAUGCUAUGCUUUUUUCAAAUAUGAACUUGAAGAAAAUGGAAGUUACAGGAGGCUAAGUCUUGGCAACUUCUAUGGCCUACUCUGGUAUCUGGGCAAUGUGUGAGGGAGGAUACAGCUUAGGCAGUUUAAGAAAUAAUUUGCAGAAAACAAUUAAGAAGAAUCACUGUGAGAGCAGAGCAAUUGUUAUGGAAUUUGAAUCAGACUGGACAAAGCAUAGAAAAUCAUCUGCUCAUACUGCUCAAGUGAUUCGUUCUGCAACAUCUUUUAUGCCUUGGUCUUGUAGAAUCCCAAUUGGUGAAGGAUUUUAUGAAUUUCUUUAGUUACGUGCUUUUGAGUUACACAUUUGCGCAUUAUUUGGUUCAUUGAUCUCGACAAAAAUUCUCUACAUCCUCGUCAUAUUUUUUGUGUAAUCAAAAGAUGCCUGGUUUUGCUGUUGGAAAGAAGAGAUUUAUCCAGCCAAACAUGUGUUUCACCAAUUUGAUCAAUCAAGAUAAAUCAACUCUUUCACAAAGCAAUCAUUGUUUGAUCCCCAAGGCACUGAAUAAAGAUUAUAGCCCCAUUCUACCUGGUCUGCCAGAUGAUGUGGCAGAGUAUUGCCUAGCACUUGUGCCUCGUUCCAAUUUCCCUGCUAUGGGUGGAGUCAGUAAGAGAUGGAGGUCGUUUAUUCAAAGCAAAGAAUUUGCUACUGUGCGAAAAUUGGCUGGUAUGCUUGAGGAAUGGCUCUAUUUCUUAACAGUGGACUGUGAAGGAACGGAGAGUCAUUGGGAGGUUAUGGAUUGUGUCGGUCAGAAAUGCCGAUCUCUUCCAGCAAUGCCUGGUCCAGAAAAGGCUGGGUUCGGAGUGGUGGUUCUUGAUGGAAAGCUUCUUGUCAUGGCUGGUUAUGCUACUAUUGAAGGAACUGCCUUUGCCUCAGCUGAGGUUUACCAAUAUAAUUCUUGCCUCAAUAGCUGGAGCAAAUUGUCAAACAUGAAUGUGGCUCGUUAUGACUUCGCUUGUGCUGAAGUCAAUGGCUUGGUUUAUGCUGUUGGAGGCUAUGGUGUGGAUGGUGACAGUCUCUCCAGUGCUGAGGUGUAUGAUCCAGACACUGACAAGUGGACACUGAUAGAGAGCAUUCGUCGCCCGAGAUGGGGUUGCUUUGCUUGUGGAUUUGAGGGUAAGCUCUAUGUCAUGGGUGGAAGGUCAAGCUUUACAAUUGGAAAUUCCAAGUUUGUUGAUAUAUACGACCCUGAGAAGCACAACUGGUGUGAGAUUAAGAAUGGAUGCGUUAUGGUCACAGCUCAUGCAGUAUUGGGAAAGAAGUUGUUCUGCAUAGAGUGGAAGAACCAGCGGAAGCUGGCUAUAUUCAGUCCAGAGGACAAUUCAUGGAAAAUGGUACAAGUUCCAUUGACAGGUAGCUCAAGUAUUGACUUUAGAUUUGGGAUACUGGAUGAAAAGUUGCUGCUAUUCCCUCUGGAGGCUGAACCUGCUUGUCAAACAUUGUUAUAUGAUCCAAACGCAGCUCUGGGGUCAGAGUGGCAAACUUCUGACAUCAGGCCAUCUGGUUUGUGCUUGUAUUCUGUAACAAUCAAGGCAUAAAAUUGAGUCUAUUUGGAUAAAUUUCUUCAUAAGUACAUUUAGAGAACAAAAAAUCAAACAAGUUUCUUUACAAGUUAAAAAAUAUUAUUUGGAGAAGUUAACAUGAAAGAACUAUUAAAGCUAAUUUUAACUUUUUGAUAAGCUUAUUUGGUUUUUCCUUCUUAUGGAUAAGUUUAUCUAAUAGACUCAUUGAGAAAGUUUGGGAUCCAGCUAUGUAAUUUUCUAUGAUUGAGGACAGUGGUGAGUGUGAUUGUCCCUCACUAGUCAGUACAUUAAUUAUCCGAUUUUAAUUUUGUGCUUUUGCUUGUUUGUGGCUUUUAUUUACUUGGCUCUUAGUGUUUAUCAAGAAUGCUGUUUGUGUCUCUGCACAAUUAGGGAUCCUUGGUCUUGUAAUUGUCGACUUUUUGCAGCACCAUUUCAAACUGAUGGUGGGUGAGUUAUUGUUGUUGUUCCCUUUUGGACUUUUGGUAUAAUAAAGCGACAACUUUAGAAUUUUAAA